UCUUACACCGGAGUACAGCUGUGGAAAGACCAAGCAGUAUGUAUCAGGAUCUCAGAAGCAUGCAAGGAGACUUUUUUGCUUUCUAGCUGAAAGCAAAUUGUGCUGAAUUUUUCAGGACAUUCCGAGACAUUGGAUUCCCUAAGCUAAGGAUAAUAAUAAUAAUAAUAAUAAUGGCAUACCACGCAAGUGACAACUGUACAGCUGGAAGUAAGGAUCUGUACAAGUUCUACUUCUCAGUGAUGAUAUUGGAGUUUAUCCUGGCACUUCCUCUGAACCUCACUGUGAUCUACCUCUUCAUUUUUAAACUCAAAUUCUGGAAAUCUAAAAGCAACAACAUUUUUCUGUUCAAUCUCGUCCUGGCGGAUAUCCUGCUGCUUAUUUGUUUGCCAGUCAGGGCGUACUACUUUCAACGUGGAGAGAGACGGAGUAACAACAACACCGUAUGCAAAUCAGUCCUCUUUAUGCUUUUUUUGAACCGUGGAGCCAGCAUCGCCUUCCUGACUAUUAUUUCCAUUGACCGUUACUUCAGUGUGGUCCAUCCCGGGAUAAAGAACACCCUCAAGAUUCGGAAGCGAUCUGUUCUCAUCUCUGUUCUGGUCUGGGUUUUGCUUUUGCCCCUGACCAUCCCGUCCAUGCUGACCACCUUCGAGUGCUGCAACAGCAACGAGACGGACGAGGCACCCACAGAUGGUAUUCCAGAGAACACCACCACUGAUACCUUCAGAGAGCUCGUGUUUUUCACACCGGUUCUCAUCCCGUCUAUCGUCCUGGUCUACUGUACCAUAAGGAUCACAAACAGGUUGAAGGAGAAGACAGUCGGCGACAGGACCAAGCUGAGAAGAGCGGUGUUCCUGGUCACUCUGGUUGUCUUGGUGUUUUCCUUCUGCUUUUGGCCGUCUGCCAUUUCAAGGCUGGUGCUGUUGAUGGUCAGAGUAAAGGAGCUACCGAGAGCAGAAGAAAUCGCGGUUCAGGUAUACGAUGGCCUCAUGUGCCUCUCAUAUCUGGAUUGCUUGCUGGACCCAAUUGUCUACUGUCUGAGCAGUACCAAGUUCAAACGGUUGUAUAUAUCCACGUAUCUGCCUUUUCUGAUGAAAGGACAACAUGCAGAACAUCACUGAAACGUCACCAUUUGCACAAAUACACAAAUGAGUGAAUGUAAUAACAGAAAAACCAAAGCUUGAACUUCAACAACCAACCAACAUGAAAUUCUGGAGUUUUACAAUUUUACAUUUGAGUAAAAAAAAUGCAUUAAUGUGUUAUUAGUUCUAUUGUUAAUUGUACUGUUGUAUUGAUUUUUUUUUUUUUUUAUUUAUACAGUGACAUGCACCAGAUCACAUAUCAUGUGCUAUAAGGCUUUUGCAUGUCAUAUUUUAUUCUCAUUAAACAUGCUGGGAUUUUUUAAUCAAAGACGUGUUUUUUUAAAUUACUAUAAAUUGCUGCAGGCAGUGUUUGAAAUGUAAAAAAAAAAAAAAAAAAAAAAAUCAGAGCUGUGAUGGGUUCUCACAGCAGAGAGUUUAAGGGUAUCGUUAUGUUUAAAAAUUUAGAGCUGUAUUCAGAGUGGAGUUACGUGCAUGAAGUGAGGAGUUAAUGAAAUUGUGCACAUUGCAAUUCAGACCUCAGGUCUUAUUAAGUGCUAAUUAUGCACAGGAAAGAGUUUGUUGAAAAUAAAGGUAUGUCUGGGUGACGCACAAUUCUGACCUUGCAUGUGUGGUAAAAUAACCUACAUUCUUUGCAUGCGUCAUGACCUCGACUCAACUUCAUGACCUCGAUUUUAUAUCUUGUAGCUUCAUUAAGCUUUGCGCACAAUUAACAGAGCACAAUAUAAAAAAAUGUAAAUGUAAAAAUUUUGCUUAAAGGCGGUGGUCAAGAUGCUACUGAAAAACAUCAUCUCAAAUGCUUCUGCUCAGGAAAAAUCUGGCAAAUCACAUAGGUGAUGUUUCUAGAAGAGAAAAUCAAUUUAAGCAGGUGCGGAACCCGAUUCUGAAUACGCAUAACUUCCUCUGCAUAUAUACUGAGAUAACCUUUGGACUUAAGCUGUCGACUCUGAAUACAGCCCUUAUUAUUAUUUUUUUUUUAACAAUUUUUAAAGGAAAAAGCCUAGUUAGUUAGCUUAGUAAGCAAUUAUAUGCAUUAGCUUUGGAAAUACCCUAAAACCCAUAGAAAGUUAAAAUAAAUCUUAAAAUGGUAACACUUCAUUUUAAGGAACACAUAUAAGGGGUUUAUUAGGGGCCUGUUGUUUUCUUAAAUUAGACACUAGUAAAAGGUUUAUUCACUAUGUAUUAGUCUUUAUUCAUCAUAACCUGUACUGCUGCAUAACUACACAUCUUUUAGGUGAAACUGAGGCAGUGAGCAAUUAUGGCAUUAUUAAUCGUGAUAAUGGGCUAUAAACAGUUAAUAUAAUAUAAUAACCUAAGUGUCCAUGUUAGACCUUUAGGUACUAAGUAGCAUCAAGUGACUGCAUUUUAUGGCUUUAAGAGCUAAUAAAAGCUGAAUAAGUCACUAAUAAUAUCAUUUCUAUUCCAUAUUCUGAAGUAGAUGUUUAGUUAUCACUAAUUAGUGACUAAAAAUUAAUGCAUUUUCAAUAAACUGUAGUCACUUACACAACACAAGAGCUUUAUUCAACAAAUAAGAUCUUGGUUAACCCCUUGUUCCUUAAAAUAAAAUGUUACCCUUAAAAUUAAUUACAACAUGUGGUUUGUUUGGGGGCAGGACAGUAGGACAGCAGAUUUUAUAAUAUCUGCUUAACCCUUUAGUGAUAACAUGCUUUUUAGAGGAUUCUACCUUUACAAAAGGGAUGAAUUUUGUCAUUUUCAACCUCAAAUUCAAAUUAACCCCUAGCUACAGAUCAAGGGCAUGUUCUCAUACAUGAGAUGGGUUUGGGAUGAGUAAAGAGACUGGAUGGAAAACUAAGAAGUGUGUAGAAAUGUUAUUAAGCUUUAUUCAGUGGUGACAGUCAGAGCCUACCAGUGCACUGUUUUAGCUGAGGACUGCAGGCUGGGACUUCCUGCU